AUGGAGCAUCGCGUGUCAGAAGUGGGCGGGGCGGGGCCCGGGGGCGGCGGAGCGGCGUGGGUGAGCGAGGGACCAGCGAGCCCCGUGGCGGCGCCGCGCGCGCCGGGCAGCGGCUCCGAGGAGGCGGAGGCGGGCCAGCCGCACGCGCUCGUCGCCCUCGACAACAAGCACAACCUGGCGCAGCGCGAGCAGUACUACGCCGCCGUGCAGAAGGGCAUGGUGGCGCACUCCGUGGAGCGCAUCCCAGAGUUCGCCGAGGACAUCUCGCCCUACGCCACCUUCCACGUGCAGAGCCAGCCGGCGGCGUCGUCCCCGGCGCACAUCCAGGCCUUCGUCUACCACGACCACCGGCUCGCCGCCAUGGAGACGAUGAAACUGAAGAGCGUGAGUUUGCAGUCCGGCGCCCGCCCUUUCAGGCCCUACCAAACCGCUGGCUCUCAAUUUGGGGCUGGCACAGUGCUCAUUGUCGUUUUGCUU